UUCUCGUGUCGCGGCGGAGGUGCGCGCUCACUCCCUACGCGGACGCUGCAACCUGUUUGUUGCUAACCUGUUACUUGCAAUUGCUAAGACACGCAACAAAGUGGUGAAGAUCCUUCCGCCAGCAGACUAUUGAUCACGAAUUCGCGGAUCCCGACAUGAGGCGCGCGCGAUGCGACUCGGCGAGCGCGUGAGCUGGUGACGGCGCGACUCGGCCGCCGCGCAGCUGGAGCCGAGAGCCCGUCGCGCCGCGCCGCCCGCCCGUCGCGAUGCAGGGACACUACGUCCACGACACGGAGUACAGAUAAUUGCGUGCGACGACAGCGCCAUGUCGGACUCCGACAGCGAGGAGAGCCAGGGCUCGUGCGCGUGCAGCUGCGACGCGCGCUGCGUGCGGUCGCCGACGCCGACGUCGUCCCGGCGCGGCGCCGAGUCCACGUCGGGCUGCCCGUCGUCCGACUUCCUGCCCUCCGACCCCAUCUCGGGCCACGCCUCGCCCUCGGCCGACUUCCGAAUCGCCGACUCGGGCGUGGUGGUCGGGCGGCCGUGGCGGCGCCCACAGCCGCCCGCGACGCCGGACAUGAAGGCGUCGCGGGACGUGUCCGUGAAGCAGAAGCGCUCGCGGAUGCCUCCCGGCGCCGUCGAGCUGGGCGUGAAGAGCCCCCGCGCCGCGCGGCCGCCGCGGUUCCCGGCGGCGACGUCGUCCGGCUGCCCGUCGCCGUCGCGCUCGGAGCGGAGCGGCUGGUGGGACCAGCAGCAGCUGUCCCCCGUCAGCUGCGCCUCCGGCUACUGGGACGACGAGCAGCCCCUGCGGGACUGGGACGACGACGACCCCCGCCACGGCCGGGACGACGCCCACAGGGUCUCGCCGGAGUCGGAGGGCUCGGGCGAGAGCGAGCGGCUGAAGGCGCUGUUCACGGCCUGCGACACCGACGGCGACGGCUACAUCACCAGUGUCAAGCAGGAACGCCACUCGAUGGCGAUGCAGUUCAGCCAGCUACAGCAGCUCAUCGGCCUAUGCAAGAAUAUUCAACCGGAAAAUUCCUUGAAGAUCCCCGGGUAUUCAGAGACAUCGGAGGUUCUUGUCAGCGAGCGAUAUAUUUAUCCCUUCUCUCGGGAGACAUUCGACUGA